AUGAGAGGUACAAAAGCAAGAAGUCCAGGCAAAACUCUGUUCAGUGUAUGUUUUUGUAACGUUGUCUUUUAUUUUCUGGAAAAUAUAGUAAGUAACAAGUGUUGUAUUUUUCUAGAGCGACAGAGGUGUGCCCUUUGGAUUAAAAAACUAUGUGAACCUUCAGGAGCAGGCACAGGGAUAAUGGGUAGGAAGAAUCGGAAUCUGUAUGCAAAACUAUUAAUACAUAUGCUUAAACGAGGAAUUUUAGAAGGUCCUUUUACAUAUCGACCUGAACCAGGGACAUUGAAAACUUUGCCGUCUUACAUGUCCAUCUAUUUUGAUGAGCCAAAUUUAGCAAGAGGAAAAUGUUCAAAUCCAGAGAGAUUACCAGACUGGGUAAAGAGUGAAUUGAGGCCAAGUGAAUGUCAAUUAGGUGAAUCAUGGAGACUUUCAUCUGAUGAAGAUGCUUCAUUUAUGCAAUCACCAACAGUUGCACAAAGCAGUAAACAGCGAUGCACUGGGCAGCUGCGAAUGAGAUCACAUUCUGUGAGUCCAGUACACAGAUCAGAGGAAGAAAAUCUUGCCACACAUAUUUCUAAGAAUUAUUCCAAAAAACCUUCAGUAUCUGUGGAUGACAGUGAACUUGAAGCUCGUCUUAAUAGUUGGAACCUUGGGAUAGAAAAUCCAAGAUAUCUACGAGAGAAGCCCAUUCCAGUGUCUUUGCAGAUGACUUCCAAAUCAAGUCUGGGAAAAGGCAGCAGUCUCCGAGAUGAACAGUUGCUCCAUCUAAUACAUAAAAAAGAGUUGCAAAUGAAAACAAAAAUAUUAGAAGGUAAAUUUCAUGAGGAGAAGCUUAAAUUACAACAGAAACACGAUGCUGAUGUUCAGAAGAUUUUAGAAAGAAAGAACAAUGAAAUAGAAGAAUUGAAAACUUUAUAUAAAACUAAACAAAAUGAGACUGAAGAUACAAUUAGAAAUCUCGAGAAAAAAGUCCAGACUCUUAUUCGUGAUUCUCAAGUGAUUAGAGAGACUAAAGAAAAUCAGAUUGUAGAAUUAAAAAAAUUAUGUGAACAAAGCACAGAAUGCUUGAACAAUGAUUGGGAGAAAAAGCUUCACAAUGUGGUUGCAGAGAUGGAAAGAGAAAAAUUUGACCUUCAAAAGAAACAUACAGAAAAUAUUCAAGAACUGCUUGAGGACACAAAUAUACGCCUUAGUAAAAUGGAGGAGGAAUACAUGGCACAAACAAAAGCCACGAACCUAAUGGUAAAAGAGUUGGAGGCCCGUGUCCAACAGCUCACUGGAGAAGCUGAAAAUAGCAAUUUACAGUGGCAAAAAUUAAGUCAGGAAAAAACUGAAUUGGAAAAAUACUACCAGAUGAAAUGCUAUGAACUGCAAGAAAUGAAAGCAAGGAACAACUCACUUCAUAAAGAAAAGGAUGAUAUUGCACAAGAUUAUGAACAAAGUAUAAAACUAUUACAAGCCAGGUGUGAUUCAGAUAUCCAGCUUAUGAAAGAAGAAUAUGCUGUGUCUUCUGCUAAGGCAUCUGAAAUGACUGAGAAGUUGGAAAAUAAUAUAUGUCAAUUAAAACAGCAGCUACAGAAAUUGGAACAUCAAAGACAACAACAACUAAAGGAGCAAGAAAAUGAAUUCCAGCAGGAAAAAUUUCAAUUAGAUCUCAAUUAUGAAAAAAAGGUUCAAGGCUUCCAGAUUGAACUUGAUAAAGAGAAAGGAGAUUCUCAGAAGAAAAUUCGUAAAUUGGAGGAGGCUUUGAGGGAAAAGGAGGAACAGCUGACUCGGGUGACAGAGAUACAAAGGCUACAAGCCCAGCAGGCAGAUGCUGCCCUUGAGGAAUUUAAGCGGCAGGUCGAGCUAAACUCUGAGAAAGUCUAUGCUGAAAUGAAACAACAGAUGGAAAAAGUGGAGACAGAUUUAACUAGAUCCAAAUCUCUUCGUGAGAAACAAGCUAAAGAGUUUUUAUGGCAGUUAGAAGAUAUCAAGAAAAGAUAUGAACAGCAGGAAUGCCAGACCCAACUGUGCUGCAGAGAUGUGAUCCUGCGCAAGAAGGAACCAGUACGUCUGAUGAAUAUAGAAGUAGAGGAACAGGGACACUGCUGGCUGCAGGUUAUUUCUGAUAUGGAGGCUCAAGUUCACAAAUUGAGAGAAGAGUUGAUUCAAGUAAACUCUCAAAGGAAACAGCAGCUUGUAGAGCUUGGACUUCUUCGGGAAGAAGAAAAACAACGAACAGCAAGAGACCAUGAGACCAUUGUGAACAAAUUGAAAGCUGACUCAGAAAAAAUGAAGUUAGAAUUGAAAAUGACACAUGCAGCUGAAACAGAGUUAACACUGGAAAAGGCCAAUAGCAGGUUGAAGCAGAUUGAGAAGGAAUAUAGUCAGAAGUUUGCUAAAUCCUCACAGAUCAUAGCUGAACUUCAAACAACAAUUACCUCUUUGAAGGAAGAAAGCAGCCGCCAGCAAAUGGCAGCUGAAAGGCGACUCCAAGAAGUGAUAAAGAAGUUUGAAGAGGAAAAGAAGCAAUUGAUUAGGGAUAAUGACAGAACAAUCAAGGCUUUACAAGAUGAGCUGGAAAGCCGAAGCAUUCAGAUACGUUCUACAGAGAAAAAGCUACAGCAUCGGGAGAUGGAAUCUCAGGAACAGCUAACAUAUAUACGGCAAGAAUAUGAAACAAAACUCAAAGGUCUGAUGCCAGCAUCUCUAAGACAAGAGCUUGAAGACACCAUUUGCUCAUUAAAAUCCCAGGUUAACUUUCUGCAAAAAAGGGCAUCCAUACUUCAAGAGGAAUUGUCAGCAUACCAAAACAGAAGAUAACUGAAGGAGAAAAUAACAGUUGCUGCAGUUGCUCAGUUCUCCUAAUGGACUUCUUUCAGCAGGUUUGAAGAUUUGGAUAUUGUAAAUUAAUCUGAGAUCAGUGAAUAAUUUUAUGAGUAAAAAGAAUGUAACUGAUCAUAAAAUGACAUUCAUCAUUCACAUUAUGAAUUUUUUGUCUUUUUUGUGUUUAUCUGAAUAAUUAUUUUCAUUUUUAAAUUUCUGAUUGUCAUAUUUCACUUGUGUGUUGAGUGUGUGCUAAAUAUUACUUACACUGAAAAGUAAAAGUAUUUCUAGUUCUAUAUCUCAUUAUUGCUUUCUAGAGUUUUACUUACUACGUAUAAGAAAAAUCAUGUUCAUAUUACUUGUUCUCAAUUUUUAAAGCAUUUCUACAUUGUUUUCUGUUCAUGUAAUAUUAAAAUAUCCCUUUGUACCUUUCCAA